AAAAAUAAUCUUAGAUUUUAGAAUUUGAAUAAUUAAAUUAAAAUAAUUCUUUCUUAGAAAGAUCCAGCUCCCUAUUACCCCCAAAUCAAGAAGUGAUUUGUGCAAAAUUUGAAAAUCAAAUUGACUUUCUACUGAAUUUCAGAUGAUAGCAGGAUCUCUAUCUUCAGCGGAGGGGCAAAGCUUCUUGUAAUGGAGAAGGGGCUCUUUUGCAUCACCACCAUGGCAUCGUUACAUAUCGCAGUUCUAUUAACUAUUGGUGUCAUCACUAUAUUGGUUGUACGGAUUAUUUAUGUUCUUUUUAGGAGCAGCAAGCCGCUUCAUUCCAAAUCACCACGAUCCCUCAGUACUCUUAUUGUUCUGGGUUCAGGUGGUCACACAGCAGAAAUGCUAAAUUUAUUAUAUGUCCUUCAAACGGAGAGGUUUAAGCCGAGGUAUUAUAUUGCUGCUGCUACUGAUAAUAUGAGUCUCCAAAAAGCACACGUGUUUGAGGACUCCUUGCUCGGUAAGGAAGCGUUUGAGGAAGUAGAGGGAGCUGAAUUCCUGCAGAUAUAUCGAAGUCGAGAAGUUGGCCAAUCAUAUAUAACCUCAGUCGGAACGACAUUGAUUGCCAUUGCACACGCAUUGUGGUUACUGAUAAAGAUCAGACCCCAAGUGAUUCUGUGCAAUGGUCCAGGAACGUGCAUUCCGCUAUGUGUAAUCGCCUUCCUUUUUAAGAUUUUGGGAAUUAGGUGGUCAUCGAUUUUCUAUGUCGAGAGCAUUGCAAGAGUUAGGAAGCUGUCUUUAAGCGGUUUGCUUCUUUACAAGCUACACAUGGCAGAUCAGUUAUUCGUGCAAUGGCCGCAACUUAAAGAGAAGUAUCCCCGAGCUCACUACGUUGGUCGUCUUAUGUAAUCUAUCAGUUUCUGAUCUAUCAUAGCAAGGUAGUAUCAAGCUCUGUCGAUGCUGUUUGAGGAAUUUUACGAAUGGAUCAUCUAUCAGCUAUCUGAUCAUCUUCUUGAGGCAAGGAGAAAGAAAUUAGUGAUCAUUUCGAAAAGAUUGACAGCAUUGUUGUUGUUUUUGGAUCAUAUAGCUAGCUUGUUAAUGCUAGUUAAGAUUCCAGAGAGAUUAACAGAUAUAACUGUAUUUACGUCACAUUUUUUUCGAAAAUUUAUACAUGAGUAAGCCUUUUGACA